AUGCGAAUUGUCACCCCGAGCCGCGCAGGGGUUGGUUCGCUCCUGAGGCAGCCCGACGCCCUGCCUCCGCUACCGCCUGCCGCACGUUUUUCUCGCGCCUCCCCUUCUGUUCCCGCGGCUCGGCCGUUUGCCUCGACGCCAGUAGUUUUGCGCUCGUCUUCCUUGCUGCCAAACGCCCGCGGUGUCUCUCCUCUUGCCGCUCUCCAGCGGCGUGCCGCCUUCUCGACCAGCUCCAGUUCCGCCGGCGCACUGCGCAUUCUGUCUUCGGCCUCCAACGAUAUCGUCGAGAACCUCGCGACGGAGUGCUUCCUCAUUGACGUGUUUGGCAAGCGCGCGGGGACGCCGGACGCUGCAGAGAGAGAGGACGAGGGCCGGCGCCAGGCGCGGGCGGACAGCGCCGAGGCAAGAGACUCCUCAGUACCCCUCCUUUUCCUGUGGAGAAACGACAAAACUAUCGUCAUUGGCCGCCACCAAAAUGCGUGGAGGGAGUGCAACAUCCAAAAAAUGGAGGAAGACGGAGUAACGCUCGCGAGACGAUACACUGGCGGCGGAGCUGUCUACCAAGAUCUCGGCAACACCUGCUUCACCUUCCUCGACCCCCUCGCGCUCCACAGCAAAGAGCGCAACAACAACAUCAUCCUGCGCGCCCUCGAGAAGGCCUUCUGCGUGAAAGGCGCGGCGAGCGGGCGAAACGACCUCGUCGCGGCGGACGGGCGGAAGUUCUCAGGAGCGGCGUAUUCGAAACUGCCUCACAGCUGGCUACACCACGGCACUCUGAUGCGGGAGGUGGACUGCGAGGCGCUGACCCGGUACUUGACUCCGAGCAAGGAGAAGCUCGACAGCAAAAGCAUUAAGAGCGUUGCUUCUCGCGUUGUGAACCUGAAGACUUUGUAUGCUGGCAUCACCCAUGAAAACCUGUGCGAUGCCAUCAUCGCCUCGUUCAUCGAGGAGUACGGAGCUGCAGCGGAGAAGAAAAUCUCGCGGGACGUCGAGCCCGUCGAGUCGCUGCAGGUCGACGGCACGCAGUACCGCAUGCGUGAGCAUCCAGGCUUCCAGACUCACCUGCAAACACUCUCCAACUGGGAGUGGCGCUACGGCCACAGCCCCGCCUUUGAACGGUCGCUCUCUCACAGAUUCCCCUGGGGAUCGUUUGAGGUUCAUGUGAACGUUGCUCAUGGCGCAGUGACGGAGGCGAAGAUCUACUCGGACUGUCUCUGCCCUGAACUGGUUGACGCGCUUACUGUUUCGCUUCGAGGGUGUCGGUUCACAGAAGAAGAUUUGAAGCGCGCCGUUCUCUCUACCGAAAUGGAGAAGGCUCCAGCAGAUUUUGAGAAUCUUUUGAAGGACUUCGCAGGAUGGAUCUCGACGGCUAGCCAAGAGUGA